ACAAGCACAACAAUUCGUGAAAUCUCAGCAACAACCACAAUACACACAACAAUACACCUAUGGUUAUCAAAAUCCAUAUGGAGAUCUUCCAUAUCAACAGCCAUUCCCUUAUCAUACACAAUAUCAAUAUCAACCCCAAAUUCAUUACCAAGCCUAUCAACCACACUCAUAUCAAUACUAUCAAUACCCUCCACAAUAUCCAGCCUAUCACUACCCACAACCAUAUGGUGAUCAAUAUCAACAAUCCCAACAGUUGCAAGCUCAACAAUCACAAACUCAAGCGCAACUUCCAAACACCCAGGACCAAACCCAAAGAGAUAUUUUAUCACUUCCUCAACCAAUAAAACAGGAACCAUAUUCAAAUAACCAAGUACCAUCCCCUCAUCCAGAAGCAAAUUCACCUACUGUUCUUGACGGAGCUCAAAAUAUUAUUAACCAAGAACUUCAAAAUUCAAAUAAUAAUAAUAAUAAUAAUAAUAAUAGUGAAAAUGAUGCAAUUAUAUUAAUAAAAACGCCAUCACCCAUAGUUGAUAUAUCACCACCACUAUCAGCACCUAUAGGUCUAAAAAGAAAAUCUUUUGUACCUAAAUCCUCAAAAAAAAAUAUCCAAAUUUACAAAACUUAUUCAAAAGAUUUAUUGGGUCCAAUUCAACAAAUUGAAUUAAUUAAGGGAUUUAAUGAAGAACUACAACAACAACAAAAUAAUGAAGAAGAAAUUUAUAAUUCAUCAUUUUGUUUUUUAAAUUGUUCAACAAAGAGGUUCUUUACUGUUAAUAGUCAAGGUGUUUAUAGUGAAGCUUGUGAAUUAAAAAUUGAUAGUUUCGAUAUUAGUGCUAUUGAAGGUUUGAAAUUGGCCUUGUUAAGAGAUCAUUCCAUACUAUUGCUAGGUAGAGGAUCUAAAACUCUUGUUUCUUUUCAACUUCCAGGUUUUGUCUCACCAAGGUACUUAAAGACUGCUCAAGAUAAUACUAGAGCCAUUGAAACAAUUCAUUCUUGUUCAUCAAAAUCAUUGCUUUAUACAUCGUUUAGAGAUGGUACUUUAACAUUAGAAAAAUUUUCUAAUCAAGACAGUAACUUUGGAUUAGGUUUUGUAAGUAAAGUUAAAGAAAAUGAAAUAAUAACCUCUUUAACCUCAACGAAAACAAAUAUAAUAUGCUUUUCACCAAGAUAUAUCUCUGUUAGAACUUUGGAAACUUUACAAAAAUUAACUGAGUAUGUAUCUGAAAAACCAUUUAAAAUGGUUAGAUCUUGCAUAGAUAAGUAUUUAAUUGUAGAUGAUCAAAAUAUUAUGACUGUUUAUAAUGGAUUGAAUUGUACUCAAAUUUUCACCAGAGUCUUAAAUGAGGAUAUUAAUGAAAUUUCUUUUCUUGGAAGCGAUAAUAUUGUUUUGUGUCAAAAGGGAUUAUUUAAGAUUUUUUCCUGUGAUCAAACAUUUAUAGAGCAAACAUCACAUCAACUUGAGGAAAAUGAAUAUGUCACUGCAAUUUCAUCACCAGAUAAUACUACCCUCUUGAUUGCAACAAACAUUCAAUCAAAGUGUUAUCACUGUAAAUAUAAAUAA